AUGACGUAUACACCUCCGGGCUGGACCGAGGAUCGACUUCGCGUCGCGACUGUGGAUGAUCUGCGCCAAAUACCGGAAGACAGACUCCAUAAGAUUGAUGAUGAAAUACUCGAGAAUGUCGAGGCUCGCAAGAUUGUGUGCGAGGCACAACACAAUGAAUACUACCGAUUGGAACGCGAAAGAAGAGGCCUACCUCCUGCUCCCCCAAAGCCUCUCUUUGAAGAGUCAGUCGAUGCGGUAGUGCAGGUAGUAGAAAGAGCUGGUUUUGAUGACUUCGGUUUCAUUGUUUUUCGCGCGGACUAUUCGGAUGAAAAAUAUUGGGACAAAUGGCAAGAGCUGUUUCUCAAAAGGCUGGAUGAUUCGUUGGCUCAGGCUAGCGGGGGUAGGAGAAUCGAGGACAAACUCUUUACUCCGAUAUUUGAUGAUCGUGAUUCGAUUAAUGCAAGUCUCGAACGCAUCCAAGAGGCAUACAACAGUUAUGAUGAGAAUGAAGGUGUCCCUCCAGGCCUUGGUACAGGCAUGUGUCUGGUUGUUGAUAAGAAUGCUAUGGAAUCGCUUCUUAAUCCUGUCGCUGGCGAAGACCCUUGGGUUAUUGCAAUGGAUCUUUCCUUCGAUCACAGCCGUGAGGUCCCGGAAGGUGAAUAUCCAGGCUAUUUCCGGGUUGCUGUGGACUCGGUAAUACCAGAGUUUUAUCCAUUUGUGUCCAUAAUGACACCGCCAGAACUUUGGGCUUCAGCCAAUCCGAUAUGGGUGUCUGCCUACUAG